CACGACGAAGAAGAAGACUAUCCCAGAGUGCACUGCUGCUUUGACCGACGUUACCAAACCCGGACUAGUUUACUAGAUAUGAGUUUAAUGUGCAGCCAGUAAAUGCGAGGCAAAAUACAAAGACCAGAUUGAACGCAUCAGUAAGCGGAGAUGAGCAGCCUGCGGACCAUACUGAGCUCCACCGCGCUGGUUGCAGUGGUGGCAGUCGGAUAUGGGAUGUGGUCUAUUAUUUCUCCAGGAGAGGAGAGGAGGAGAGAGAUGAUCAAGAAUCUACCUGAGUCGAACCCGAUGAGGAUGGAGGAGACACGGAAGAGGAACGCACUUGUGAUGCAGGCCCUCAAAGAGGCUGCUGAAACCAGCGACAACAUUGCAAGAGGAUAUGGAGGAGCCUCAAAAUAGAGAGACAGACAGAACUGUGGCGCCUGUUGACAAGAUCUCAAGUUGUCCGAAAUGCUGAAGCUAUUGUUGUUGAAUGUUAAACUGAAUAUUAAAAAGUUAUGUACUACAACUAUUACAUCUUUCCCAUCCUUUUUAAGAUAUCGGCCAUAUAUUUGCACUUCGGGUAAGACUGUUCAGUGGCUUGAAAGAUGAAAAGCAGCACAUCUGCAGAGAACUGUUGCUGAGCGUGCCUGUAUGAAUUAUUGCUGGUGUUUCAUUGGUAUUUGAAAAUUGAAAGUAAUGCCCUGAAGUCUGCUUUCCAUUUAAAGUUGGACAUUGGAAAUUCCCAGUAGAUAGGUCAUAAUAACAACUUUGUGUUUCACUGGGCCAGCUUGUUAAAGGGAUAGCCCACCCAUUUAGAAAAAUUUGAUUAUAGCCCAAGGAUGCUCUGCAAGGAUCUUAUGUUCCCCGGGACUAUGUAGCACAUGAUGGGCACCUGAAAAAGAUGUUCCCCAGCUCUGUAUUUGGAGGGUUUGAGUUAAUGUGUGUUAACAGAAGAUAGAACUGGGGAACAUAGGACUCUGAGAAUAUAGAUACAUUCCCAUGGGAGUGAUGAUAAUAUUGUGAUAUGGCAUACGUGUUGUCUGCAUGACAGAAAAAGGAUACAGUUUUCUGAACUUACUGGAAUGUUGUAGCUGUUCUAUUAUUUGCCUCCACCUGCUUCGUCAUCAUAUCCACAUUUCAUUCAAACACCUCACAUGAAUCAGAAUCAGAAAUACUGUACUGGUCCCUGAGGGGAAAUUGGGUCGGUUGCAGUUGCUUAAAUUCUCAAGAGAGGAGUAUAUUAUAUGCAUAUUUGAAAUUAUGAAAAUUGUGCAUUUGAAAUGUGUAAAACGAAUGUGUUUUAUGUAGAGAUAGGUGCAUUAAUCCUACUUUGUGCAUUAAUUCUAGUUGUAAAAAAGGGUGUGCAUUAUGUAUAAAUUUGGGCAUUAUUCCUGGAAAAAUAUUACAACACUAAAUGCAGAAAUAAGAAAUUGAGAACAUGUAAAAAAGUAAACCUAUAGGCAAGUCUAAUUGACUGCGUGAACUAGCUCGCAGGCUUGCUUUGUUAAAUUUUUGACAAAU